AUGGCGUCGGCUGCAACUUUGUGCCGAUGUAUGCAGCCCUGUGUCAGGCAACACGGCAAAAACCUCUCUGGGAAGCGGAGUGGCUGCGGGGACAUAACGCUGCUGAUACCCUAUGGCUUGCACUGGAGUGAGGUGACGGUCAGUUGUUUAAUAGGUGUGGACAUUCAGACGGGCAAAGUUGUUGAGGGUGACGGUGACGUAGAGCCCAGUGCAGCCAACAUCCACACUGUCAUCUACAAGAGCAAAGGCGAACACGGUCGCACGGGGGGUACGGCGUACGAGGGCGAGGCAAAGAACACGUGGUUGGCUCGCAACCUAGGCGAUAACGACUUCCUGAUUAUGGGCAAUCACGGCAUGCUGGGUGUCGGAUACUCGCUGGCGUACGUCUUCGACAGUAUGUACUACUUGUAA